AUGACCAAUUUAUUGAACAUCCCGGACAAGUUUAAGAAGGCCCCAGAUGAGAUCGAUUCCAUAAUUGGCCAUGAUCGUUUGAUGGAGGAAUCGGAUGUUUCAAAGUUAUCGUACCUUCAAUGCAUCAUCUUUGAGACCUUACGCCUCAGCACAACAGUCCCACUUCUCCUUCCACACGAGUCAUCAGCUGAUUGCACCACAGGAGAAUACAUGGUGCCAUGUGGGACUAUAGUGCUGGUUAAUGCAUGGGCCAUUCACAUGGAUCCAGAGCUAUGGGAGGACCCCAAGGCCUUCAAGCUUGAGCCAUUCGAAGGUGGCAAUGGCGAAAAGCACCAAAAGCUAGUUCUACCAUUCGGGCUGGAACGGAGAGCAUGCCCCGGCGCACCCCUAGCUCAGAGGGUCAUGGGGUUAACGUUGGGCUUGUUGCUUCAAUGCUUUGAUUGGAAAAGAGUGAGCAAAGAGGAGAUUGACAUGACCAAAGGCAAAGGAGUCACCAUGCCAAAAGUGGUGCCGUUUGGAAUUAAUGUGUAA